CACUGAGUUGUUCAGGUGAGAGAUGUGACGACAGCACCGGUAAGUUUGCACAUAUUUCUUUGAGAACCUGAGGUGUAAUUGGGAAGCCCGAUACUUGCUUGAAGCUGCAUGAAUGUGUCGCGCAAUUGAGGAGUGCUUCGAUGCCUUUCCCAACUACACCUCCUGCCUCUUUUCACAUGAUGAAUAACUAUAGAACCGUUGCGAAUGACGUCUUCGGGCGGUUGAUUUCAAAAACUCUUUGCACAUAUCUGAUAUUCAAUUGUCUCUCUCCAUAUCGCAGUAGAUCGCCAUAGUAGGAAGCUGACUGACAAAGACACCAUGCGUAGAUCUUCGAUCCAACUCCUCCGCCCCUACCACUAUCGAGGUACGCAAUCCCUGAGGCCGCAGCACGUUCAGAAACAUCUGUCCGCGCAACGUCGGUUCCAGCAGACCUCCGCCGAUGCGUUCACCGGCCCACACGAUGUCGAGAAGCAGAGGCGGCUUGAACAGCUGAAGAACAUAAAACCGCUGGGCGACUAUCACCCGCAACUUGUGUAUCCUACAGGUGCUGAGGCCCUGUCACUUCGAGAGUUCAAUGCCCGGUUUGCAGACGUCAAAGAGACGAAGACUGAAAAUGUCUCCGUAUUCGGAAGGGUCCGCUCUGUACGCCUAGCUGGCUCCAAAUUGAUGUUCCUCGACAUUGAACGCGACACUCAGCGCCUCCAGAUCAUGGUGGAGCGCAAGAAGCUUAGCGAAGACGACUCUGAAGAGAAGUUCAAGAGCCUUCGGAUGGUAGCGAGGCUGGGCGAUUGGGUUUCCGUGGAAGGAAACCCUACCAGGACAUCCUCUGGGCAGCUGACCAUCCUGGCUCGGAAAGUCCCUCAGAUCCUUGCGCCCUGCCUUCAUCACAUUCCUGACAAAGUCGACAACGCUGAAACGCUUGCUCGACGGCCUCACAUCCACUCGCUUACGAGCGAUAAGCCUGCGGACACCCUAAGACUUCGCGCGCUGAUCUACGACUACAUCCGGACGUCGUUCAUACAAAGCGGUUUCUUGGAAGUAGAGACCCCAAUGUUCGAUGUCAACGCUGGUGGAGCGAUAGCACGGCCUUUCGAGACCGUUGCGAACGAGAUGUCCAACACACAGAUCAGACUCCGGAUAGCGCCCGAGCUGAACCUGAAGCGCCUGAUCGUCGGCGGGCAAGACAAGAUCUUCGAGAUUGGCCGUGCUUUCAGAAACGAAGGCGUGGACAAUACUCACAACCCCGAAUUCUCAACCUGCGAAUUCUAUGAAGUUGGCGCAACCCUCCCCCAACUCAUCGAACGCACGGAGAGCCUCGUCUUCGGCCUCCACAGCGCAAUCGAGUCCCUCAGAUCAACCUACUUCCCUACCCUAACAGCCCCAGAGGGCAUCAACUUCACCGCCCCCUUCAGACAACUUCCUUUCAUCCCCACCAUCGAGCGCGCCAGCGGUCACACACUCCCCGACCUAACAUCCCCGACCGCAACCGCAGACGUCCUCACCUUCUUCGAGUCCCUCUCCCUCACCGCCCCCCCAAACCCCACACUCCCCCGCCUCCUCGACACGCUCGCAGAAACCUACAUCGAGCCGCUCUGCCAAGACCCCACCUUCAUAACACACCACCCCGAAGCGCUCUCCCCGCUCAGCAAAUCCUUCGUGUGCCCCACGACCUCGCAGCGCGUCGCCGCGCGCGUCGAGCUCUUCAUUGCCGGCCGCGAGUACGUCAACGCGUACGAAGAGGAGAACUCGCCGUUCGAGCAGCGCCGCAAGUUCAUGCAGCAGCAGACGUAUCAUGCCGAGGGCCAGGGCGCCAUCGAUGAGAGCUAUCUCGAGGCGCUGGAGUGGGGGAUGCCGCCGACGGGCGGCUGGGGGUGUGGGUUAGAUAGGCUGGUGAUGCUGUUUGCGAACAAGAAGAGGAUUGCUGAUGUGUUGCCGUUUGGAACGCUGAGGAAUGUGGUGAGCAUUGCGAGGACGAAGUAAGGUAGAGUGUUGGACGUGUACGAUACUUGUCGACGGAGUAGUUUGGGUAAUUGAUGGAGUGCAGAUUUAGAAGGAGGUUUUCGAUAUCGAUAUGCACAAGCUUUGUAUAGAUAAGAAAUAUGUACAAGAUUACACCACCCUUA